GAGCCGGUGACAGGGCAGGGAGCGAGGGCACGGCCGGCACCAUGGGAGCGGGCAUCAAGGGCCCGCGGGGCCGCGGGGCUGCCAGGACACCGCCCGCCCCAGCACGGUGACACGGAGGGGGCUGGCUGGGAGCACCUGCCCGCCACCUCCCGUGUCCCCGUGUCCCCGUGUCACCUCUCCCUCGUGGCGCAGGUCUGGCCUUCCCAGGACCGCUGGCCCCCCCACGGGGUGUUUAUGACGGAGCAGGGAAGCAGCAGGAGCCGGGGCAGCACGUGGGCAGGGGGCGUUGGAUGGGCGCGGCGGCUCCCCGAAGGACGUGGCUGGGGACGGCUCCGUCCUGCCCCCGGCUCUGAGGAUGCACAGGCUGCUCCCGCUCGGCUGCCUCUGGCUCCUAGCAGCACCCCCAGGGUCCAGCAUCUUCCAGCGGCCAACGGGGACCCCAGCCCCACUGCACCUGCAGUACCUGCUGGAGCCCCUGCACCCCACGGUGCACACGCAGCGCGGCGCCACGGCCACCCUGCCCUGCGUGCUGCGCGCCCUGCCUCGCAACUACCGCGUGAAGUGGAGCAAGGUGGAGCCAGCCAACUACGGGGAGAGCAUCAUCAUCAUCACCAACGGGCUGUUCCACAAGAACUACGGGCCGCUGAGCCCGCGGGUGCGCCUGCGGCACAGCCACCGCUACGACGCCUCGCUCACCAUCACCGACGUGGCGCUGGAGGACGAGGGCCGCUACCGCUGCCAGCUCGUCAACGGGCUGGAGGAUGAGAGCAUCUCGCUCACGCUGCACCUCGAGGGCGUCGUCUUCCCUUACCAGCCCAGCAACGGGCGCUACAAAUUCAACUACCACGAAGCCAAGCGAGCCUGCGAGCAGCAGGACUCCCGCCUCGCCACCUACCAGCAGCUGUACAAAGCCUGGACGGAGGGUCUGGACUGGUGCAAUGCUGGCUGGAUCCUGGACGGCACCGUGCACUACCCCAUCAUCAACUCGCGGGAGCCGUGCGGCGGCCGCCUCCUCCUGCCCGGCGUCCGCACCUACGGCGCCAGGGACAAGCAGAAGGACAGAUUCGAUGCUUUCUGCUUCACCUCUGCUCUUCAAGGCCAGGUCUACUUCAUCCGCGGCCACCUGAACUUCAAGGAGGCGGGGCAGGCGUGCCGCAGCCACGGGGCUGCCCUUGCCAAAGUGGGCCAGCUCUACUCCGCCUGGAAGUUCUCGCGGCUGGAUCGCUGUGACGGGGGGUGGCUGGCGGACGGCAGCGUCCGCUACCCCAUCACCACCCCCCGGCAGCGCUGCGGCGGGCUGCCCGACCCCGGCGUCCGCAGCUUCGGCUUCCCCAGCAAGGAGAUGAGGACCUACGGCACCUACUGCUUCGUGGGGAAGUGAGGAGGCCGGGCUGAGCACAGGGGACAGCGGAGGGACGCCAGUCCCCAUCACCUGGGCAGAGAGCUGGAGGCGGGGUAGGAGGGGUGGUCUCGCAGCGCUUUUGGGUGCCUCGUGCAUCCUCUGCUAGAGCUGGGUGUGGGUUCUUGGUGCAUCCCCUGGUGGAGAGGGUGCCCGUGUCCCACCCCAUGAGGCUUGUGGGGUGUUCGGGACACUUUGUGGGGUGUUUAGGACACCUUGUGGGGUGUUCGGGACACUUUGUGGGGUGUUUGGGACUCCUUGUGGGGUGUUCGGGACACUUUGUGGGGUGUUUAGGACACCUUGUGGGGUGUUUGGGACUCCUUGUGGGGUGUUUAGGACACCUUGUGGGGUGUUUAGGACACCUUGUGGGGUGUUUGGGACUCCUUGUGGGGUGUUUGGGACUCCUUAUGGGGUGUUUGGGACUCCUUGUAGGGUGUUUGGGACUCCUUGUGGGGUGUUUGGGACUCCUUGUGGGGUGUUUAGGACACCUUGUGGGGUGUUUGGGACUCCUUGUGGGGUGUUUGGGACGUACUGGAGGAGCCAGACCCCACUGCUGGACCAGGAAAGGGGGGUCUAAUCCAGCCCCCCAGCAGACAGCACAGGCUGCCCAUUGCCCAGCCCUGGUGAAUCCCUCGCCCCAUCCUCGCUCCCCACAGCCAUGAGGACUCUGCCUGGUGCCUCUGGCUGGUGCAAGUGCAGAGGACUCGGGCUGGGCACUAACGAGUGUCACUAAUGGCGUGUUGCCCUCUCGAUUAAUAAAGCAACAGCAAAACUGAA